AUCAGGCUUCAGUUCGGCUGUGUCGAGUUUCUUGGUCGCUAUGCUCCAGCGUCCUGUUGGCGACUAGCGAUACGUGUGAGAGUCAGUUUCUUGCGAGGAUGGAGCGUGGACCGACGUUUUACAGCAGCUUGGGGUGCGGCCUGGUUGCCCUCGUUCUAUUUACGUUGGCGUUUAACUACCCUGCCCAGCUCGUAUUCGAGUCACGUCCGUACGCGCGGGUGGCGCUCACAAGCGGAAAAGCGGCGCAGUGGACGGCCUCGGACCUGGGACUGGAUGAGAGCCAGAUGGAGCUCGUGCUGACUCACUACGAGGAGUUCCUUCGCCGAAACAAGGGUCUGAAUGGGGACAGUAGCAGCGACAGCAGCAGCGACAGCAGCGACUCAGAGGACGAGGAAAACGCCGGACAUGGAAACGCCGUGACUUCGAAUUUAAAGCCUCUUAGUCACCAUAACGACGAUGCUGAUGACGACGGUGACCUCAUGAGACGUACAGAGAACCAGGAUGAUGAUGAUGAUUAUAACAUUCGUGAUAUGGGAGAAACUCCCGCAAAAUAUGGAGCAGUAUCGAAGCUCGUUCCUGACAAUGCGCAACAAGACUCAGUGAACGAGGAUGAUGAUGAUUCUUCCGAUUCUUCCGAUUCUUCCGACUCUUCCGACUCCUCUGACGAUGACUCGAGUGAGGAGUCACAGGUACCGCUUUCCCAGCGCCUGGCGGAAGCGCCUUGGCGGCAGACGGUGCACCUGGGACUUUUUUCCGGCCAGAUGUGCCGCGUGAUGCGCGACGAACCGGAAAAAGAACGCUGCCUCACCUUCGCCUCGCCAGAGGGAAUCGCCUUCAUGAGUAAGGAGGUAUCCUUCAUGCAAACUGACGUGAACAUGCCAAUGUGGAACAACCUUCGUGUAGAGAGCCUUUUUUCCGUCCUCACGUGCUUUGUGGGCAUGGUCUGCCUCCUGGCCACCCUCCGCCCAUGUUGCGAAAACCCCCGCCUGCCCGUUUACAUUGGUUCUCUUGCCUUCUUCGGAUCAGGCGUGCUCGUUCUCAUGCCGAUGGUGAGAAUCCUUCUCUUGCGUCAGGAUUUCGACCGAGAACUGCAACGAGAUUUUAACGUAACCACAACACUGAUGACGUCAUGGUCACUGGUGAUUUCCGGUCUGGGGAUUCCGUUCGCGCUGGUGGCUGGAUUUACUAUGAUCGCAAAAAACUGGUACAAGUUCAGCAGGAGGUGGUACAAGGAGCUCAAGGUGAAGACCCUGGUGACUGGCAAUAAGCAGAGUGAAGUGCCCCUUGCCACCCUCCCAAUGAGGGACGCGGUGGAAGCACACGAAACAGAAAACCUCUACGAGAAUGCGGACGGCCGGCAGCCGCUGUGUAAUCUAGAGCGGGAAAACAAACAAGAUGAACUUUUAAAAUCAUUGAAGUAAUUUCAGAAAUCAUCUGUUCAUUUGAAUUGUGUCGCGUCGAAAUUUUGUGAAAAAUUAUAUUUCACGAAAUCAUUCUGUACAUAGGAUCUUUCAUUGCUUGCCAUUUAAUAUAGAACAGAGCAGAACAAAGAUGAUUUCGUAUUAAUCAGUUCACACGAUACACACAAUGAUAUAAGUCAAAGAUGACCCUUGAUCAUUGGUAAAUUGAAAUAUUCUGCAUAUAUACAUGGCGAUCGGUUUAAAAUGUAUGAAAGCCUGAAAUGUAAAAGAUAAAGCAUUUGAGCAGUUUAUAUCAAAAUUGAAAUAUUACAGUUGGGCAUUUCUAUUUCUUAAUUCAAAAGCCUUGUACACAAAGAUGGAUGCGUUAUGAAGUAUACGUUUAUUUUCUGACUGUAAAAGUUAUAUAGCUUUUAACCGUAUGAUAGAGGGUCGUUGACGAUAAUAUCUAGGUAUGUAGUUAUAUCUUAUCUCAAUAUACAUCUGGCAUUCAAAAAAAUAAAAUGGAACUCAUUUUCAAGUUCAUGUACAUUACAUAUAGGACACAGUCUUUCA